AUGUCCUUAUUAUUAGAAUAUUUUAACUUGGAUUAUGAAUUUUUUCCUGCAACCGAUGUUAAUUCUCCUGAAGUGGAAGAAGAAUAUCAAUCAGUUAUUGCUCAAAGUGAAGAUUUAAAAAAAACAGAAGUUGCUUGCACGUUAAGCCAUUUAAGAAUAUAUCAAUCAAUUAUUGAUAAUAAUUUAAAGAGCGCGUUAAUAUUCGAAGAUGAUAUAGAUAUAGAGAUGGAUAUUAAACAUCAAAUUAGUAAAAUUUUACCAUAUCUUCCAGAAGAUUGGGAAAUGUUUUAUAUCGGUCAUUGUUGUGUAGAAAAUUUAAGAGAACCUUUUAAUUAUCCAACCUUAUAUAUUUCAACUAGACCUUCUUGUACACACGCUUAUGCGGUUUCUAAUAUUGGAGCUCGAAAACUUCUAUCGAUAUUAGUCAAGCUUAAGAUGCCUCUAGAUUGUGUUUUAGUUAAUUUAAUAGAAGCUGGUAAAAUAAAAUCUUUUAGCGUUGAACCACCUUUAGUUAUUCAAUGGAGAUUAGGGAUGGGAUCUGAUAUUCAUGCUACCGAUCCUUCAUGG